GAAGCAAACAAGGAUCUGCCUACUGUGAAAAACACCAUGAUUGCAGGCACAUAUUAUGUAACUAAGUAUCUGGGUUCAGCUGCUUUAGUAAUGGGGCUCUAUGAGAAGGCCCAGGAGAUAUUGAUGAAAGAAAGAAAUGUUCAGGAUUGGAUUUGAAGCAAACAAGGAUCUGCCUACUGUGAAAAACACCAUGAUUGCAGGCACAUAUUAUGUAACUAAGUAUCUGGGUUCAGCUGCUUUAGGCUGUAAGACGUCAGUUUGCUCUUUGUGCUGGCUUGCUGCAAGAAAAUGGAUCCUUAUUUACUGGCUAUCAUUUUCAUGGAUGCCCAUAAUAGCAAAGACAAAUUUAAUCAUGCUUUGGGUUAUGCAUAUAUACUCACGCACCCCGGAAUACCUUCUGUCUUCUAUAUAUGACCACUUCUAUGAUUCGGGUGAUUCCAUUCAUGAUCAGAUUGUGAAACUGGUACAGCAGUAUGGCUAGCUAGUUCUUUUAUUAACUUGUGUCUAGUAGAAAUUCUUCCUUGUUUAAGCAUUUGGAUUUGUCUGCAUAUCCAAAUUAGUAGAUAUGGGUCAUUUUGAAUCGAUAUUCAUGAUUAGAUUUGUGUACAU